AUGACCGGCGCGCUGGACGGCUGGAAGGAGGGGCUGUUGACUCGUCUCUGCGCCGGUAUCGCCGACAUGAGUCAAAAGGAGGAGACAAGCCCAGCACCCGAUGCGGUGGACGCGGCUGCGGCCGCCAAGGAGGCCGCCGAGGCUGUCAAGCGCAAGUUUGGAAGCGAUGGCAGCUUUAUGGAGCGUUUCAAGCGCAUGCAGGCGGCCAAGGCUGCUGCCAAUGCAAGCUCGGCUCCUGAGCAACGUGACGCUGUCACACCAGCAGUCCAAGAGCAAAAGGGGGCUGCAACCGCCAGCGCCCCAGAGACCGACAGCGAAGCAAAGUCCAAGGUUGCUCCGGCUCCAGUUGAUCCGGCCAAGGAGAAGGCGGCUGCAGCCAUCGAAGCCAAACGCAAGGCCCUUCGUGCGAAAUCGUUUGACCCGUCGACCAUGACGAAAAAGUCGAAGCGUGAAGCCAAGAAAGCUCGCGAAGAAGCGGAAAAGGGUGGCAACGAUGCCUGGUCAUUGUACAUGAAAGAGGUGGAAAAGUACGAAAAUGCCACCUGCAAGGAAUACCAACAGGGUGCCAUGGUCAAGUAAUCCUUGGUCCUUGGUUUGCAUGAUGUUGGUUUUGAUAUCACGGACCGGACCCAACGCUCUUGUUGGACCCCUGUCGCUUCUUGUUGUAUUCCCCGUGGCGCCGUUCCUCUGGCUGGCUCCUUUGAACCAAGCGCGCUGUGCGCGUCAAUUGCGAGCCACCUGUGCCCUUGUUUUGUUUUGGCGUUUGACUCGAUGCGUCUUCGCCCUAGCUCUUCUCGUCAAUUGAGCCCGUUCUCG